AUGGCCACUAAGUUGCUACUUGAUGCUGCAGUUAAGGUCUAUAGAGAAUGUUGUCAAGCUUCGUCUAUAGUGAGUGCAUAUAUUGGAUGUGAUAAGGGAUCUUACUUCAAUGUCAGCUCAAUAUGCAGUCAAAGAGAUCUGGAACGGAGUGAGAAUGUCAAAUUUGAGAGAAAUUAUACUGUAUUACACAAAGAUGGAAAAGUAGAGAAUGUUUUCAUAAAUGGUGCUCCUAAUGAACUAAAUUCAGUAUUACGCAGUAAAACCUCCCCAUCUGGUAAAUUUACGGCUGUGAUUCGAAAGAUAACACUGAAGAAAGGAGAAGACAAACAUUAUGUAGAGGUUUGGGACAGCAAUCACAAAAUUCAAAAUAUUGAUGUAUUUGCACUUGAGAAGCAUGGAAGUGUUUAUGAGGAUGAUCAAUUUGGUUGUCUGGAAUGGUCCUCAGAUGAGAAAAAAUUAUUGUAUGUGGCUGAGAAGAAACUACCAAAGACAUCAUCUUUUUUUGACAAGAAAGUAAAAGAUAACAACAAAGAUGAGACUGUACCAGGAAAUCAGUUUGUUUUCCAUGGAGACUGGGGUGAACAGUUGGUUUCUAAGAGUUUUCCUGUUUUAUGCAUUCUGGAUCUGGAGUCAGAAGAAGUGACCAUUUUGGAAUCGAUUCCACAUGACAUCUCACCCGGUCAAGCAAUUUGGAGCAAUGGUGACAAAUGUGUGAUAUUUGUAGGUUGGUGGCAUGAGCCUUACAGACUAGGUAUUAUAUAUUGUACUAACAGAAGGAGUGCAAUCUUUUGUGUUAAUCUUGAAACCAAGAAAUGUGAAAUGAUAAGUGAUGACUGCAAUGCAGUAAGGUCACCAAGAUUAAGUCCUGAUCAAACUCAGUUGGUGUAUUUAAAAAAUCAAUACCUGGGACCUCAUAUGCAGUGUAGUAGUCUGCUAAAG